AUGGCCUCAAGAAGCAACCCCUCGUACCUCAUUAUCGGCGCUGGCGUCUUUGGUGUGUCAACUGCCUAUCACCUCAUCCAGAAGUAUCCCAAUGCAUCGGUGACUCUGGUGGACCGGGAUGCAUAUGACGCCGAGUCUCGCGUGGCUGCAUCAUGGGAUUGGAACAAGGUGGUUCGCGCUGACUACGACGACAAAGUCUACUGUAGACUGGCUCUGGAGGCUCAAGACAUUUUCAAAUCGGAUCCCCUUUGGCAGCCUUAUUUCACCCAGACUGGCGUCUACUGGACAUGCCGCAGCAACUACGCCCAAAACGUCAUCACCAUCCACAAGGAACUCGGCCGCAAUGACGAUAUCAUUGCCCUGCCUGUCGCUGAGGCCCGAAAGCUUUACAGCGGAUUGUUUGACAAUGCUGACUAUACCGGCGUCAAGGAGGUUCUCGUGAACAGGGCCAGUGGCUGGGCCGCUGCUGGAGAUGCUCUUCGAGCAGUCACGAAAAGGUGCUUGGAAUUGGGCGUCAAGUACGUGACGGCUGAGGUCGCCAGUCUGGAAUUCGAUGGUCACGGUUCUUGCACUGGUGUCCAGACGAGAUCUGGAGAGACCCUGUCGGCCACGCAUGUCAUUGUCGCUGCUGGCGCUUUCACGCCCACUUUGCUAGAGUGGAGCGCUGCGAAGAGCGGCAACGCAGGUCUUCGGGCUGAAGAGCGAAUUCUGGCUGCCGGCAUUGCGACCGGAAUGGCACAGCUCAAUGAGGAGCAGUACAAGAAGUUCAAGGACAUGCCCGUUGGCUUCCAGGGCUACACACCUGAUGAGGGCAAGCCCUUCAUUGGUAGUCUUCCACCUACCAAGGACGGAGAGCUCAAGUGGUGGGGAUCCAAGAUUUUCACAAACACUCGAGAGGUGUUGCCUGGCCGUCACAUCUCGUCUCCGCCGCCUUCGCACGACUACAACCAGUGGAAGGUCCCUGGACCUCUCAAGCAAGACAUUGUCGAGUCCAGGAAUCUGUGGUACGGACCCGAGAGUGCGAGUUGGGAGAUGAAAAAACACCGAAUUUGCUGGGACGCUUUCACCACCACCUCGGACUUUAUCAUUUCUCCUCACUCGGCCUCCAAGGGACUCUACGUCGCCACUUGCGGUUCGUUCCACGGCUUCAAGUUCUUCCCCGUGCUUGGCAAGUACAUCACACAAAUGCUUGAGGGCGAGUUGGCGCCUGAAUUGGUGGAGAAGUGGGCUUGGGAUAGACAGCGACCUGAUUCCUCCCAAAACGUCGAGUACCCGAAUUCUGAGAUGAGGCAUCUCUUGGGGCCUACCGCGAAGCUGUAG